AUGGCCGUCGUCGGCAAGAAAGCUUAUCCAAAGGCGACUUUGAAGAAGAUUGUCAAGGCGCAUGCCAAUUUGAACCUGAAAAGGAACGCCGACGUCACGGUAGGCCGCUCGCUGUUCCUGCUUGCACACGUGCUUACAGAAUGUCAGAUUUACCUGAACUAUGUUCUGUUCAUGGAAACACUGGUGAAAGAGGCGGCCAUUGACUCGAAGCUGUAUGGUGACAAGAAACUCGCUUCGCGCAGCGUGAAGAAGGUGACGAGGGAUACUCUAGCAAAGUUCAAGGGCUGA